UCCACUCUUCCUCCCGAUCACUCCCUCUCGCCGUCAUGUACAGGCAAGCUCGGUUGAUCAGCGCUCGUCCGCUCGCCGUCCAGCGUCAGGCAAUCAGGCGCUUCGCCAUCGAGACCCCGACAGGACCUACCUCGACCGGACUUCCCCCCAAACCCCCUACCCCUCUCUCGGCAGGAAACGCUCGACCCGUCGUUGUCUCCACCACCACCGCCACGCCAAACUCGGCCACCGUCGGCUCAGGAGUAGCUCCUAUCCCUGCCAAACCGGUCGUCGUCGUCGACACCAAGACGAACCCCCGAUUGUCCAACUCGUCUUCCGAGAUCCCUCCCCCUCCUCCUCCACCCCCGGCUGGAAAGCCUAAAUCCAGAUGGGCCAGAAAGUUCCUCAUCUACCUCACCCUGGGAACAUUGGUGUUCUACCCUACCUCGGCGCUCAUCUCGACCCACUCGGACAGGUACAGGGAUUUCUUCACGUCGACCUUCCCGCUCGCCGAGUCGCUGGUCGAGUUUGCGGAUGAGAACGAUUGGGACGAGCUGUCCUUGGGAUCGAUCACGAGCGGGGCCAAGGGGUUGUCGGACAAGGUGACCGGUAGCGGUUCGAACGCCGGCGUGCCUACGAUUUCGACGGCUGAGGGUGCCGGACGCAAGGUCUCGCAACGAGCUCAGGAAGCCAAGGAGGUCGCUGCGGACAAGACCAAGGAGGCUGGCCAUGCCUUGAGCGACAAGAUCGAGCAGGUUCAGGCCAAGGCCGCUCGACAGCUCGAACAGGCCAAGGCCGCGUUGACCCCCUCGUCUUCCCCGUCAGCGUCGCCAGUGUCGACCAAGGUGGACAAGGUGGAAGCCGAAGCCAAGUCCAAGUCUGCCGAACUGAAACGGGACGCCAAACGAGCGGCCGAAAAGACGUCCGAUUCGGCUCACCGGGUCGUAGAGAACGUCAAGGCUGAAGUUGGCAAGGCGGCCGAGGCGGUCAAGAGCAAGACGGACGAGCUGGUCGCCAAGUUGCCCACCGUCCCUGCCUUUUCAGAGGGUGUGACCGAGCUCGUCAGCAAGGCCGAGGAUGCGCUGAGCUCGGCUGAGCACAAGGCUGGUGAUGCAUUGAACAGGGCCGAGACCAAGGCUGGCGAUGCGUUGCACCGGGCGGAGAGCAAGGCUGGAGAGGCGUUGCACAAGGUGGAGGACAAGGUCGAAAGCGAGGUUGACAAGGCCGAACGUGCUGUCAAGGCACUUGCUAGGAACAAGGGAGGACCCGUCGUUGACCCUGCCGUCCAGGCCGAGAUGGUCGACACGCAACGACCUAGGGACGUCAAGGCCUCUACCGGACCCAAGGACAAAGUCGUCGCUGCCGGUGGAAAGAAACCUUGGACGGGCGCUCCCUUGCCCCUCGGGUUCGAGCCUCCUGCAGGCUAUUACAUUCCCAAGACUGGGAACGAACGCAAGGACGUCUCGGCCAUCCUCCCUGACGCCGCCGUUGCCACCCCUGCUGCCCCUGCCAACACCGCCGCGGAUGCCGCCAAGGAUCCUCUCGUCCGACCGGACCCCAAGACGGAAGGUACCCCUGUCAACAAGCCUACGCUUCCCCUCCUCGCGCCCCGAGUAGCGGAGUUCACCUCGGCCGAGCAGGAACCCAUCAUCGCCCAGUUGGCGAGCACGAUCGACUCGCUCGCUUCCUCCCUCUCGCCCACCUCGUCCACCAAGGCUAGCAUGACCAACGAGACCGAUCCUCAACACGUCCUAUCUCAAGCUCAGACGGACCUGUCGUCGUUGUCUUCGAGGAUGCAAGCGCUCAAGGACAAGGAACAGGCGGCCUUGCAGGACCUGGCGGAGAAGAAGAAGAACGAGUUCGAGGCUGAGUUGAAGCGAAAAGAGAGCGAGUGGACCGUCAAAGAGGGUCAGAUGGUGGAUGGAUGGAAGGAGGAGAGGGAAAAGCUGGUAGAGGGAUGGAGAAAGGUCUUGGACCGCGAGUUGGAGGGUCAGCGGGUUGGGAUCGAGCAGAGACUCCGUGAAGAGGUCAUCGCUCAGGGCAUUGAGCUCCAGCGACGAUGGUUGAGGUCGAUCAAAGCUCAGGUCGAGGAGGAGCGCGGCGGCCGAUUGUCCAAGUUGGACAACCUGACCACAUCGUUCAAGCAGCUCGAGAGGAUCACGCUCGACAACUCGUCCCAGCUCGACGCCAACGUUUCCCUGCACACCCUGUGGUCUGCACUCCGUGCCGUUCAGGCCAAGGUGGACAAGGGCGGCGUCGCGUUUGACGAUGAGCUUCGGGUGCUCAAGACGGCCGCUACCGCCGCUGCCUCUUCCGCCUCAGAUGAACAAAGCAGGCAACUCGUUUCUGCCAUGAUCGAGUCGAUCGAGCAGAGCCACGCCGCGACCGAGGGAAUCAAGUCGUUCCCUGCUCUUUCGUCUUGGUUCAGCACUACCUUGGCACCCAAGAUCCAGUCCGUCUCGCUUGUUCCCGCCGAGCACGAGGCUGGUGUCCUGUCACACCUCGCUUCGGCCGGUUUGAGCAAGGUCUUGUUCCGACCCCGAGCCGGUUGGGUUGAGGGAGACGAUGUCGGUGCCGUCUUGGCCAGGGCUGAAUAUCUGUUGAACGAAAAGGACCUAGAUGGGGCCGCCAGGCAGGUCAACCAGUUGCAAGGCUGGGCUGGCAAGUUGGCUGGCGAUUGGUUGAGGGAGGCCAGGAAGCGAUUGGAGGUCGAGCAGGCGCUUCAGGUCAUGGCUACGGAAGCCACUUUGGCAUCGCUGUUGCUGGUGUAAGUGCACGACGGGACGAAUCAGAAGAAUGUUCUACAUUUGCGACCCUGAGGAUGUUGUAAACGGGGCGUCGAGUCGGAACAGGGAGAAGGACCAAAAGCCAUAGAGAAUCGUAAAGCAAGAGUCGAGAGGAAUUCCGAAACCGAUAUGCGCAUAUAUACAUACAUGGAUCGCGAGCGGGAAGACUUGAACGACCGUGAUCUAUUGAGCGAGAAUUAGCCCUCGCCUGGAUGGUCCUGGCAAUGAGGCCGCCUGUAAAUCAACGGCUUGCCCUUUCUCGAG